AGAUAUACGCUGUGAUAAAAAAAAAUGAAUGAGGUGAUGACGGCGGCGGAUGCGAGCACCAUGAGAGGCGCUGGAUCGGCCUUGGUUGCAUCGUCUCCGUCCUCCAAUCUGCCUCCUAACAACCUUCCUCUCAUCUCGGCCUUCCUCGCCUUAGCUCUGGCUCAACUCCUCAAAAUGGCUGUAAGAUAAUAGGCUGCUUCCAACCAGAUACUCAGGUUUAAAGAAAGGAGAUGGGAUUCUAAGAGGAUGAUUGGUUCAGGUGGCAUGCCAUCAUCACACUCUGCAACUGUGACAGCUCUUGCAGUUGCUACAGGUUUACAGGAUGGGACGGGAGGAUCAGCUUUUGCAAUUACGGUUGUCUUGGCAUGUGUUGUGAUGUAUGAUGCAACAGGUGUCCGACUUCAUGCUGGUCGUCAAGCUGAAUUGCUGAAUCAAAUUGUAUGUGAGUUUCCUCCUGAACACCCUUUGGCCAGCGUGCGACCUCUGCGUGAAUUACUUGGCCAUACUCCACUCCAGGUUGUGGCAGGUGCAUUGUUGGGAUUCAUAGUGGCUUUUCUGAUACGAAAUUCUGGUUAGUUAAAACAGCCUUGAUUCAUUUGCCUUUCCGGUAUCAAAAACUUUUCUAUUGAUGAAACCCUUAUAAUUUGAAGGAGGCUUUCAGAUGAUCAAAAAUAGGAAGUGAUUUGUGUUUAUUUGAACUUCAUCUUACAUUGUAAUCACACUCUAAUAGCUUUGUCAACUCCUGUACUUGAAUGAUGGGAAUGUAU